AUGAAGAGUGUGUACCUGGUUGAUUGGUUCCCUGGUGGAAGUUCAAGUGGCAUUAAGGGACAGCCGUCAUGGAGUAAAAUAAAAUGUGAUAACCCCUUUUGUGACAGUCACUCAAGGAAUGCUUGUGCCUACGAGAUAGGUAAACUUGGCAUUCGACAGGGAUCCUGUGUGGAAAUUCCAAAGUGCCGUAGAUGGAAUAUUAUUGGUUAUUCGAAUGUCAUUCCAUCUCCGAUGGCGUCGGCGAGCAAUCCUUUGAGCUCUCGCACUGGCGGCUCUGGGAUCGAAUCGGAGUUUACAGUGAUUUGGGAUUUCAAUGGGAUGCUCUCAUCCUAA